AUGCCUCUCGUUCCUGUACUUACCGGAUCCCCAUGGAACCACUACCAGAGGAGAUAUGGUGUAAAAUAUGGCCAUUCGUUUAGCAUCAUCACUUCCCGUAACGCACCGUGCCAGAGCUUCAUGAUCCACACCAUCUCUGGAAGCGAUGCCGAGGAACGCAUUCAGACCAUUCGCCAACUACGCCACCCCAACCUGACAGAGAAUGUCGAGGUGUACACGUCCUCGGAUCCGGGCUAUUCCGUGAUUUCGGAAUUCAUGCCCACGUCUCUGCUGCACCUCUGCCGCGCUCCCAUUUAUCCCAACGAACCCCAGCUCAGUUCCAUCCUGUAUCAAGUCCUUACGGGUCUAGAGUUCCUCCUUGAUUGCGGCCUUUGUUACGAACAACUGUCUUGUGUCAAUGUGUUCGUCAACUUUGCAGGCGAGGUCAAGAUCGGCGAUAUCGAGAAAUGUAGGCGAUCAGGCGAUAUGGCAGCGCUCGCAACGUCGUUCGGAAGACUGACGAUGAAGUUGAUGGAUAAAGAGAGGGUCGAAACGGCAUCUUUCGGCCUGAAACACCCAGAUAGGUGGUCUAACGAAGCCAUCGAUCUGUUUACUUCAAUCACGACGACAUUUAAUGUCAAAAAGCUAUUAGCUCAUGCUUUCUUCCUAAAGAAGAAUCAGGAGGAGCUGGUAUGGCUGAUUCCAUUUGUGCUAAUCUCUGCAAGUUAUAAUAGAGAAUAG